AUGCACUACCACAUGUCAUCGUUUGCUGAAAACACUGGUCUUGGGCAUCUGAAGCAGUACGCUCCCGAAUUCGUUAACUACAACAAGCGACAGCUCAGCAGGAUAUACCCGAAGGGCGCAAGAAUGGAUUCGAGCAAUUUCCUUCCUCAGAUCUUCUGGAAUGCUGGUUGCCAAAUGGUGGCGUUGAACUUUCAAACUCCUGAUGUAUCAAUGCAGCUGAAUAUGGGGAAGUUCGAGUAUAAUGGAGGUUCCGGGUACUUGUUGAAGCCAGACUUUAUGCGCCGUCCUGAUCGAACAUUCGAUCCUUUCUCCGAGUCGCCAGUGGAUGGUGUGAUAGCAGCUCAUUGUAGUGUGCGGGUAAUCUCGGGGCAGUUUCUCACCGACAAAAAGAUUGGUACAUAUGUGGAAGUAGAGAUGUACGGCCUCCCGACUGAUACCGUUAGAAAAGAGCACAGAACGAGGACUAUUCCUGCUAACGGCUUGAAUCCUGUUUAUGCUGAGGCUCCAUUUGUAUUUAGAAAGGUAGUGCUUCCGGAACUAGCAGUUUUGAGAUUUGCCGUGUACGAUGAGAAUGGUAAACAACUCGGACAACGUAUUCUUCCACUAGAUGGCUUGCAGGCUGGUUAUCGUCACAUAUCACUCAGAUCCGAUACAAAUCAAACGAUGGUGCUCUCGCCCACUCUAUUUGUACACAUUGUUAUCAAAACUUAUGUUCCUGAUGAACUUAGUGGU